AUGGAGGUUUUCAUGCCGGAGAUGCUAACGUUCAACCUCUGGGACUACGGAGUCUUUGGUCUGAUGCUCCUGAUCUCCACGGGGAUCGGGCUUUUCUAUGCCCUCUCCAAAGGCGGGCAGAAGACCAGCGACGACUUCUUCACCGGGGGGCGCCAGAUGUCGGCCGUGCCUGUGGGGCUCUCGCUCUCUGCCAGCUUCAUGUCGGCCAUCCAGGUGCUGGGGGUGCCCGCGGAGGCCUACCGCUACGGCAUGAAGUUCCUGUGGAUGUGCCUGGGGCAGCUGCUCAACACCCUGCUGACCGCCUACCUCUUCCUGCCCGUCUUCUACCGCCUGGGGCUCACCAGCACCUACGAGUACCUGGAGCUGAGAUUCAGCAGGAAGGUUCGUCUGUGCGGGACCAUCCAGUACGUCAUUGCCACGAUGCUGUACACAGGGAUCGUCAUCUACGCCCCUGCGCUGAUCCUCAACCAAGUGACCGGGCUGGAUAUCUGGGCGUCUCUUCUCUCCACUGGAGCCAUCUGCACCUUCUACACCACCAUAGGUGGGAUGAAGGCCGUCAUCUGGACAGAUGUGUUCCAGGUGUUGGUGAUGCUCUCUGGAUUCAUCGCCAUCUUGAUCCAGGGGACGCUGCUGGUGGGUGGCCCCAGCGCCGCCCUGGAGAUCGCGUCCAACCACUCCAGGGUCAACCUGGCUGACUUCGACCCAGACCCCCGGAGCCGCUACACCUUCUGGACCUUCACCUUUGGGGGCACCAUGGUGUGGCUCUCCAUGUACGGCGUGAACCAGGCCCAGGUCCAGCGCUACGUGGCCUGCAAGACGGAGAAUGAGGCAAAACUUGCUCUGCUGGUCAACCAAGUGGGCCUCUUCUUCAUCGUCUCCAGCGCGGUGGGCUGUGGCCUUGUGAUGUUUGUGCUCUACAGGGACUGCGAUCCCCUCCUGGCCGGCUACAUCUCUGCCCCCGACCAGUACAUGCCCUACAUGGUCCUGGAUAUCUUCGAGAAGUACCCGGGCGUGCCCGGUCUCUUCCUGGCUUGCGCGUACAGCGGGACCCUCAGCACCGCGUCCACCAGCAUCAACGCCAUGGCAGCCGUCACCGUGGAAGACCUGGUCAAGCCCAACAUGCCCUCCCUGUCGCCGCGGAAACUCACCCUCAUCUCCAAGGGACUCUCGUUAAUCUACGGCACCUCGUGCAUCACGGUGGCUGCCUUGUCUUCACUGCUGGGAGGCGGAGUGCUGCAGGGUUCCUUCACCGUCAUGGGAGUGAUUAGUGGCCCUCUGCUUGGAGCCUUCAUCCUUGGGAUGUUCAUACCCGCCUGCAACACAGUCGGGGUUUUUGCAGGCUUGGGGGCUGGUUUUGUCCUCUCCUUCUGGGUGGCCGUGGGGGGCACUAUCUACCCACCCAGCGAGGACAUCAUGGGUGUGCUGCCCUACUACGGAGACCUGUGCCCGCUCUACAACGCUACCGAGGGGAUCAACAGCACCAUCGUCCUGGGACCCCUGCCUCCGCGGAAUGUCUCUGCACCCCUGGAGAGGCCGGCCAUUGCCGAUGACUUCUACGCCAUGUCCUACCUCUACUAUGGGGCUUUGGGGACGCUGUCCACCGUGGUGGUGGGGGUGCUGAUAAGUUACCUGACAGGGCCAACCAAGAGGAGCCAGAUGCCCCGGAGAGUGCUCUGGUGGGACAUUAUCAAGGAGACGUCUUUGCCAGAGGGCAGGAAAACCCCCUUUGAGGACAGUCUGACCAAGGACUCGGAGGACUCCCCCACUCUGCAGAAGAAGCCGUUCAGCUCCUCCACGUUCCUGCUGGCAGGGCUCACGGGCAGCGAGCAGGCCGACCGGGCGCUGCUGGCGAAGCAGGCGGAGGCGGGCGCCCCCUCGCAGUGCGACUCCGAGGAGUUCCUCUGGCUCUGCCACCCUGUCGACACCGGCUGCUGCCACCUGCUGCGAGAGACCAACGUCUAGGGCCGGGCAGCGCCGUGGGGCUGGGCCGACGCCGCUGAGCUCCAGCCCAAAGGGGAGGCUGCGCUGGACUCACCCCAGAGCCAGCAGGGGGUGAGGGGAACGAAUCCAGCGCCCGCCUCAGUGAGGGAGCAAAGGACAGAGCAGCCCUGGGCUGGCCAACCCCCUCCACGUUCCCCCAGCAAGGACAUUCGGGGGGAGGGUAUUCUCAGCAUAACCAGGUGAGCGGUUACAGCACCCCCCGCCCUGCACCGUCCCCCUCCAGGGGUGCCCGGGGCUCUGACUGGCCGGGCAGAGGCUGACACUGCAAAGCGGCUGCUCGAAGUCGCCUGGAUGCUGCAGGCGCCAGCCCGGCAAAUGCCACGUGGGUUUGGGAAGGCAGUAGCUGCACGGAGGGGCUAGUGCUGAGCCCCGUGGCCGUGACGGAGCAGGGCCUUGUCGAGAGCGGCCCAGCCCCUCCUGGCUGCUAACAUAGCGACAGAUGGAGCCCUGGGAUUUAGGUUGGUGGUUUCUGGGGAAACUGAGGCAGGGAGCAGGCAAGGGGCUUGGCAAGUUGAAGAAAGGGCCAUAGAAAGAACCCUGGAGUCCUGUGCUGAGCAGCGCUCGCCAUGUAAAGGGCACCAGGGGGGGAGACCCGCGCCACCUGCUCCUCCCUUCUGAAUCCCUCUCCCAGGCUGCCCGCGUCCUCACCUCUGCACCUGGCAGGGGAUCGUCUGCGCUGCGGGUCCGAUAAACCCUCGCUAGGCCAGGCCUCAUCCAAAUCCUGCCUCUGCCCCCCAGCCCCACUCUGACAGCAACCGGCAGCUGAAGCCACCCGGCACUAAGUACCACAUCAGCUCAUUUUAACCGGUGUGGGGCAGGGUUCGGCUGAGCUCAGGGGGACAGAUGGGGUCGGGGCAACUCUGCCCUGGCCUCUCAGGCCAGCAAUUCGGCUGCAUCCCCUGAUUUCCAGCUGGGGCUGCGGGCCGAGCUCUCUCCUUGGCAGGCUCAGGCGGCGCCGGUCAGGCCCGACGUGGGGUUUUUAGGGAGUGUUUGGAGUUGAGUGACUUGCUCCAGGCUCCCUCUGGCAGCGUAUCGGCCUGGCUGCGAGACUCCUGCUUCUUGCAUAACUCCUCUGGGCCCGACGUACUUUAUCGACCCAUCACAGUCUGGACCUGCUCACGAAAUAGC